GGAUGAUAUGAUUGACAGGGAGGAUGUAGACGAAUCACUACUACUCGAACACCUCAAUUCCCUACCAGAAGCAUUCGAUCCGUCACCUACAUCCACUACACUUUCCACGUCCACCGUCGAUUGUCAAUGUCAAGAUCCUAAUUGUAUCGAUUGUCAACUCGAUCCAGAAUUUUUGUCCAUCCUCGCCAACGUAAACCCUGAUAACAUACCUUGGUACGACGAUCUUGACGGAUUACCAGUCCUCCAUCGAACAAGGGACGAAACGGAACAAGAUGAAUCUGAUAUUCCUGUCAUGUCUCAUUCCCUUUCCUCAAGCUCUAGUACUGAAUCCGAAUGUCUCACCCCACUAUCCGCUAUCAAUUCCGCAAUCAUUCCAGAACUCAUUCUCCCCUCACCGGAUGCCGAGGAGGAAAUUCAUGGAUAUGUAGAAACGGGAACGAAUGUAGGUAGUGGUGAGGAGGUAUCAAAUGUCAAGCGGCAACAUGGGGAGGAAUCCGUUCUAGGUGUCACUGGGCUAGGGAAAGUCGGAGGUGUUGGGUGGUUUGGGGGAGGAUAUUCAGGUUGAGCACCAUUGGAGGAGGUAGUGUCAUGUUUGUACUUUGUACUCCUGUUGUGAACAUGCCAUGAGAGAGAGGAAAGGACUUUUGAAACGACUUAGUAUUUUUUUAGUUGCAUGCAUCAUGGUAGUCAGUUUCU